UUCUUCAGUGAAUCCUCUGUUUGAAGGGAGAAAAAAAUGGCUGAGGUUUCUGCUAAGAGUUUCAUACCUGAAUCAUUACCGGGGGCGACGGCCAACAUUGCUGGGCAAAUUGGGCUGCUGUGGGAGCUAAUCAGAGCACCAUUGAUAGUUCCAUUGCUGAGAAUUGCUGUAUACAUAUGCUUAGCCAUGUCAAUCAUGGUGUUCAUUGAGAGGCUUUAUAUGGGGAUUGUUAUCAUUCUUGUUAAGCUCUUCUGGAAAAAGCCCCAAAGAAGAUACAAAUGGGAAGCAAUGGAGGAUGAUUUGGAGAGCGGCAGUGCAGUGUUCCCCAUGGUCCUUGUUCAGAUCCCCAUGUUCAAUGAAAAAGAGGUUUAUAAGAUCUCCAUUGGUGCAGCAUGUAAUCUUUCAUGGCCAGCUGAUCGUAUGGUGAUUCAAGUACUUGAUGAUUCCACUGAUCUUAUGAUCAAGGAUAUGGUUGAAAAAGAAUGCAUUAGGUGGGCAAGUAAGGGAUUAAACAUUAGGUAUCAAAUUAGGGAAACAAGAGGAGGCUACAAGGCUGGAGCUCUUAAAGAAGGGUUGAAACGUGACUAUGUCAAAGAAUGUGAAUAUGUAGUCAUUUUCGACGCAGAUUUUCGGCCCGAACCAGAUUUUCUUCGACGCUCAAUCCCUUUUCUCAUGCACAAUCCUGAUGUCGCUCUGGUCCAAGGUCGCUGGAGAUUUGGUAAGCCUCACAAUCAUAAUUUAAAUUAGACUCGAUCAUUUUUUCUUCACACUAUCUCGGCUAACAUCUAGUCGAGUAAAGUCUAGUUCGAGAGGACCUAGGUGGAAACUCAAAUGAAUAGCAGUGUUGUUAAAAUGUAUCGAUAGAUUGUUUCGGUAAUUUUUAAGUUAAAAAGUAAGAAGUUGCUUACCAUCAUAACGAUUUAACAAUUGAACUUUCACCUUUUUUUUCUGGGUUGAUGCUCGGACUUAUUUUCCAAAACAUUGUUGACACAUAAGUAAUGUUUUCUUGGGAAUUUCUUAACAUGGGAAAGUGUCGGUAGUCUUAAUUACUACAUAGUACAUAUGUCUACGUGUAUAUUGUAUGUACAUGUUGUAAUUUCCUCAUUUAAUAAAGUGAAAAAUCGCAUGUGCACGAUCGUUUGUUAUUGUUAUUUUUCUUCGUGUCCACUUGUAAAGAUUUGUUGCAGAUCGCAUGGUGUGGUGGGGUCCAUUGGGCUAUCUUCUUCUUCUUUUAAUAUUCUGUGUACUUAACAAUAGGUUAAUACUUGGUGAAUGUAUGACUCACACUCAUUUUUAAUUAU